AUGAACAAUGACUCGCCACGGAAUAUACACGACAGAUUGGCCAGGCUAUCCCGAGCCCAGCUUGCCUCUGUUGACAUCUACGGAAGAACCAUCCUCCACCUUCUGGUGCUUGCCAACCAGCCCCAAGUGCUCAAGAGCCUUUUACGAAACAGCGAUGCCCGUGCCCUAGCCAGUGCCUGUGACUACGAAAACGGCUGGACCCCGUUCCACUACGCCGUCUACUAUAAACGGCUCGCGUGCUUACACGUCUUGGAGAAAGCAAUAAAGGAUUCAGACGCGAUUUUCAAGAUCAAGGACCGUGCAGGAUACACCCCAAAACAGCUUUGGUCCAACAACUACCAGGAUUUUGUCUACGUGCCUCGAUACAUCGAUUUCGACGGCAAACUUAAGUUGGAAAAACGGUGGAAGACUACUGAGUGCGACAAACCAACGAGAAAGGUGUUUGAUGUGCCGUGGGAUGACGAUAGAGGCGGGUCUCACAUCGCGUUAUACGCUAACGAUGACAUAUACCACAACCUUGUCAUUAAACCUCAGGAUCCUACUCAAGAAAACGAUACCCGCUACCGCCAGUAUCUCGUGUCAAAACGGUUCCAGGCAGCAGUGCUGGCUGAUGGUAUUGUCUACGACACGUUACCUCGUUCCAAAGGUGAUCUGUCGUGGCACCAGUCGCUCGAGGACGUUGAGGUCAUCGCCAUCUCUAACAAUCAUAUACUUGCAGUGACGGCAGAUAAUGUGUACGGAUGGGGUCUCAACAGUUAUAAUCAGCUUGGCUUCACUUCGACCAAAUCGUCAAAGAACUAUAAAGACAUCUUUGAGGCUACUCCGACCAAGAUUGCUAUCAAGACUAACCAGAAAGUCCUCGGGGUGGCGUGUUCUAAAGUACACUCUUUGGUAUUCACCGAAAACGAAAUCUGGACUUUUGGUUUGAAUAUUGGUCAAAUGGGUUCAAGAAUUCAUGACCAGAGCUUCGAUGUUGUUUGCGAUGGGACCACGAUGCAAGGUCGUAUCGAAAGCACCCCAGUGAGCAUGUCUCUUCGUGACAAUAUCAAAUUGGUGGCCACAUCAGAAUUGUGCAUGGUGGUGGUUACCACGAAGAAUGACAUCCACGUGUACCAUCUGUCUCAGCACCAUAAGUUGCCGAAACUUACUCGGUCUACACGUGAGGUUAAUUUCGAUUUGUUCAAACCAGGAAGACUCACUAGAUCGUUAAACAUCAUUAAAGUGUCAACCAAGUCCAAAUCGUUUGCUGCGGUGCUAACUGAUACUGGUGAUGUUUACUCAUUCAAUCCCCUUGAGCACACUAAACCGAAGUACACUGCUCUCUGGCGAGCUCAUGACCACACCACUAGGGCAGUUGAUUUUGAUAUCUCCACCAGCGGUAGUAUUGUCGUUUGUACGAGAAAUGGGUUUGUGUUCCGUCGUCAAAGAGACCAGAAGAAGUGGACGGAGGUCGACCAGGUUGGAGUGGUCAAAGUCAGUUGUGACGGCGACUUCGAACGGUUUGGGUUUGUGUUUGACUCUCCUGAUCCUAUCCCUGUGCAAAUGGCAGCCAACAGUUUCGCCUAUGACAUCUCACUUUUGAGUCCCUUAGCUGUUGCUAGUGGAUUUCACAAACAAGUUCAUUCGAUUGACGGCAAUCUCCACAACUCUUACAUCAGUGAAACAAGUUCAGCAUCUGAGUCUGAUGACUAUUGGGUACACGAUAGGAACUCUCGUCACACACAAACGAAGCAACGACAACCUCAGGCACCGAUUCAAUCAGUUUCCGCCAACAUUAUGACCGAGGAUGUGGACUCAAUCAAAGCGAGAGUCUCCAACAAUUUUCACUAUAAGCAUUUUGAUUGGACGGUGAAGUUAGACGAUGGGUCUGAGUUGGGAGUUCAUCAUCGUUUGAUUGAAGCUCGCAACCCUAAGCUAGCUAAAGUAUUGAACUUGAACUCAGACGAGAUCUUUGUCGAAGGGGCAAUCAAGGGAACACCUUUCCCCGAAGGAACUAAGUUGGCAGGAGUCAGUUACAAACCAUUUUUGAUCCUUCUACACCAAAUUUACGCUGAUGAGACCCUCUCCAUUUGGAGCGAGUGCAAAUCAACCUCGGAAGCUUCUGCUCAAGUCAAAGAUCUUAAAUCACAAUAUGAAUCCCUUCAAAGAGUGUUUCCUGUUCAAAGUUUGAAAGGGAAAGGCUUGCCAAUCAACAACUGUGGUGAUCUUGAAAUCAAAACCUCGAAUGGAGCUCUUGUGGUUGAUUCUUUCAUUCUUGCUUCCAGACUGGCCUACUUUGAGACGGCACUCUCUUCACGUUGGAAUAAAGUCGAUUCGAUCGACUGGAGCGAUGUAUCAAUGGAGGCUGCCACCAUUAUUAUACACCACUUGUACGGUAGAGCUGAUGAACUCCUUAAUGAUGACGAUAUCAAUAUUCUCCUUGAAGUGGUGGAAGUGGCUGAUGAGAUAAUGCUCCCAGAGCUUCAACGCUGGGCAGAGUCACGGGUUACGACCGCCAUAAAUCACGACAACUAUAUGGAUGUCCUUGUCCAUGCUGCCAUGAUCAAUGCUCAAGUGAUAUUCACCAAUUGCUGUUGGUUUGUUUACCAUCACUUGGCAUUACCUGAAGUGGUUGAGAAGCUCGAAAAGUUGGAUUUACAAGUUUUGAAACAAGUGGAGGAGUGCUUUGCUCUUUUCGACAAAUGUCAAAUGCAUGACUUUGUCGAUGACGAUGGCGAAUAUAAUACCCCAGUCUCCUUUUUGGAAGAACACCCGGAACACUUGAGCUUGUUUGUUGCUGACACUGAGGCAUUCAAUGAGCUUUACAUUUCUGAUGCUCGUGGCUGUUUGGCGUUUGAGCCAUUGAUUGAUGUGCCACCUAAGAAGAGAAGAGGACUGAGCCGAGGCUCUAAAGCCAGUCGCAGUGAUGUGGCUCAGUUUAGAGAGGCAGUUGCCAAGUCUGUUAAGUCAGGGAAAUCUCAACCACCGAACCCAGUUGUUGAAUCUUCUAAUUCGCUGUCGAGAAAUGUGUCAGGGACAGUGUCGCCUGCAAGCAGUAUUGCUUCCAAUUCCACUCGCAAAGACUCCCCACCACCUCCCGUCGCUAAACCGAAGGCUACGAAGAGGGUUCCUCUCAAUUUGAAUUCGAUUGCCGUCACCAAGACUCCGGUUGAUCCUAAAACCACCCUGGCAUUUGCCGCUUUACAACUGGGGGUGAGUCCCUUCCUGCAGUCGUGGGCAUCGCCAUCACCCACCGAGUCGUCUUCGCAAAUCGACUCCAAGGUGUCAAUUGACAAGGAGAAAUUGAAGGAUCGUUCCAAGCCCAAAGCCAAGAUUGGUCCUAUUGCCAAGUUGUCUCAAAAACAACGGAAACGACUCAACCUGGAGGAGUCUAUCUCGCCUAUAACUCAGGCCACUCCGAUAUCUUCGAAUAAUCCCUGGCAGAACUCAGCACCUUCAACCGAAAAGAAGAAGUCGACAGAGAAAAGAAAGAUCUCCCAUGACUAUACACAAUCGAUGCCGGUUCUCGGGAGUUCGUCGUCCUCGUCACCCAAACUGAAUGGCAUCACUCUUGCUGAGGUAAUGGUUGAACAAACGCUCAAAUUAGAGAAUGGAGACCUCCCUCAACAGCAAAAGAGUCUUGCGGAAAUUCAACAGGAAGAGGAGUUUGCCCGCUGGUGGGAGCAAGAAUCGAAACGGGUGCAAAAGGAGUUGGAGCAGCAGCAGCAACAGCAAUUGAAGCGGAAGCCGCGGCGGAAACCUAAGCGCCAACCGGAAAGGGGCUCUUCUGAAGAUCAGCAACAUUACCGCAGACUGCAAUCUCUUUCCAGUUAA